AUGGCUGCAGCGUUGGGAAUUCAGGGUAACGUGGGAAAUGCGGCCUUCAAGGACAAGGAGAAGCCGAUGGCUGUUCGGACGGCAAAUAUCAUGGCUGCCCGAGCCGUCGCAGAUGCCAUCAGAACAUCCCUUGGCCCUCGAGGCAUGGACAAGAUGAUACAGUCGGGCAAAGGAGAGAACCUCAUUACGAACGAUGGAAGUACCAUGUUGAAGAGCAUGAGCGUUAUGCAUCCUGCGGCGAAGAUGCUGGUGGACCUGAGUAACGCGCAGGACGUCGAGGCAGGCGAUGGUACAACGUCGGUGGUCGUCAUCGCAGGCAGUCUCCUCGGUGCGGCGGAUCGAUUACUUGCCAAAGGCAUUCAUCCCACCAUCAUUUCAGAAUCGUUCCAGAGGGCCUCUAAAGCCGCCGUCAGAAUUCUGCAGGACAUGUCGCAACCCAUCUCGCUCUCCGACCGAACCACACUGCUCCAAGCUGCCUCCACAUCCCUCUCUUCGAAAAUUGUGUCGCAGCAUUCUGGGUUGCUUGGCCCCAUGGCAGUCGAUGCCGUGCUAAAGACGAUCGACCCGAAAACCGCUGAGAACGUCGAUCUCCGGAACAUUCGCAUCAUCAAAAAGGUGGGUGGCACCAUUGAAGACUCGGAAAUGAUUGAUGGACUCGUCCUCAACCAGCCGGUCAUCAAGAGCAGUGGUGGUCCCACCAGGAUAGAGAAAGCAAAGAUCGCCCUGAUCCAGUUCCAGCUGAGCCCUCCGAAGCCGGACAUGGAGAAUCAGAUUGUGGUCAACGACUACAGGCAGAUGGACAAAAUCUUGAAGGAGGAGAGGACGUAUCUGCUUAACAUGGUCAAGAAAAUCCAAAAGGCCAAAUGCAACGUGCUCUUUAUCCAGAAAUCCAUCCUGCGAGACGCCGUCAACGACCUAUCUCUACACUUCCUGUCGCGCCUGAAGAUUAUGGCUAUCAAGGACAUCGAACGGGACGAAGUGGAGUUCUUGUGCAAGAGCACGGGCUGCAAACCCAUCGCCAACAUCGAUACCUUUACGGAGGACAAACUGGGUAGUGCCGAUCUGGUGGAGGAAGUCCAGUCGUCGGGAGCGCGGUACGUCAAGGUCACGGGUAUCCGGACGGGUUCGCCACAACAUCAAACGGUAUCAAUCGUCGCUCGUGGUGCCAACACACUAGUACUCGACGAGGCUGAACGCUCCAUCCACGACGCUCUGUGUGUCAUUCGGUGUUUGGUGAAGAAGAAGGCUCUGAUCGCCGGUGGUGGUGCGCCUGAAAUCGAAAUUGCCCAUCAACUGGCCAAGAAGGCGCGGGAGUUGACCGGCACGGAGUCAAUAUGCUGGAAAGCCUUUGCCGAUGCAAUGGAGGUGAUUCCGACCACUUUGGCCGAGAACGCAGGUCUCAACAGCAUCAAGGUGGUUACGGACCUGCGCCACCGACAUGAUAUGGGAGAACGGAACGCCGGGGUCAGCAUCAGAAGUGGCGGCGUGAAGACGAACAUCGCAGAGGAAAAAGUGCUUCAACCCCUGCUUGUCAGUACGAGUGCCAUUGAGUUGGCAGCCGAGACGGUCAAGAUGAUUCUACGGAUUGACGACAUUGCCUUGUCAAGAUGA